UCCUCCUCCGUCCAUCAGAGGGAUAUUAUAAGGGAAACCCGAAGAGCGGAGCGUGGUUCAGUCAGCAGUAUCUGGACCGGACCGAGACGGGCAGGAAGCACAUUUUCAAGUCGGAGGCGAUGGAGGACAAAGAGAAGAGGAAGAAGGAUACAAAGUCCUCCAACAGCGACAGAGUCACUCUAAAGAAAGAAAUUGGACUUUUGAGUGCUUGCGCUAUUAUCAUCGGUAACAUCAUUGGCUCUGGGAUAUUCAUUUCACCUAAAGGAGUAUUGGAGCAUGCAGGCUCAGUGGGGCUGUCACUCAUUGUCUGGGUUUGUGGAGGUGGGAUCUGUGCCCUCGGGUCCUUGUGCUAUGCUGAACUGGGUGUCACCAUCCCAAAGUCUGGAGGAGACUAUUCGUAUGUGACAGAAAUCUUUGGAGGGUUAGUGGGCUUCCUGUUGUUAUGGAGUGCUGUCCUCAUCAUGUAUCCAACCACGCUGGCUGUCAUUGCGCUCACCUUCUCCAAUUACGUCUUGCAGCCGGCCUUCCAGGACUGCCUGCCUCCGUACAUUGCCACCAGACUCCUCGCCACCAUCUGUGUCUUAUUCCUGACCUGGGUGAACUGCUCCAGUGUGCGCUGGGCGACAAGGAUACAGGAUGUUUUCACUGUAGGAAAACUCCUCGCUCUGGCACUCAUCAUAGUGGUGGGCCUCGUCCAAAUCUGUAGAGGUCACUAUGAUGCUCUUCGGCCCAGUGAGGCCUUUGAAUUCAGUCAGGACCCGUCAGUGGGACAGAUAGCACUGGCUUUUCUGCAGGCCUCCUUCGCCUACAGCGGCUGGAAUUUUCUCAACUAUGUCACAGAAGAGGUCGUGGAGCCACGCAAGAACCUGCCGCGUGCCAUCUACGUUUCCAUCCCACUGGUGACCCUUGUCUACACUAUGACCAACAUUGCCUAUUUCUCCUCAAUGACCCCUGAGGAGCUGCUGGCCUCCAAUGCUGUGGCAGUGACAUUUGGGGAAAAACUGCUGGGGAUGUUUGCCUGGGUGAUGCCCAUUUCUGUAGCACUGUCCACCUUUGGAGGAAUCAACGGAUAUUUGUUCACCUCCUCCAGACUGUGUUUCUCAGGAGCCAGAGAGGGUCACCUGCCCUAUCUCCUAGCUAUGAUCCACCUAAAAAACUGCACUCCAAUCCCUGCCCUGCUGGUUUGCUGCAUUGCCACCAUAGUCAUCCUAUGCAUUGGAGAGACACACAACCUGAUCAACUACGUGUCCUUUAUCAACUAUCUGUCCUAUGGGGUAACUAUUGCUGGUCUCCUCUACCUUCGCAAGAAAAAACCCAGCCUGGCCAGACCAAUCAAGGUAAACAUGUUGAUCCCCAUCAGCUAUAUGAUAUUUUGGGUUGUGCUGCUCGGAUUCAGUCUUUACUCUGAACCAGUGGUUUGUGGCUUGGGAAUGGUCAUCAUGCUGACUGGAGUCCCUGUAUACUUUGUGGGUGUUCAGUGGAAGGACAAACCCAAAUGGAUCUACAGGCUACUAGAAAGAGUCACAUAUGUGGGCCAGAAGGUGUGUUAUGUGGUGUUUCCUCAGGAAGACCCUUCAGAGACUGAACCUCUCGCUCCCUCCAAAGCUUUUGACUGAGCAGUGCAGUCAUCCAUCGAUUCCCUCCAUCAAAACUUGUUCUUUCAGUUUUUCUUUCACACUGUUUUGGUCAGUGAAUGAUGAAGAGAUGAUUUUGUCCAUGAUAUUGCACAGGUGCAGUCUGAGUGAGGCUGAGUGCCAGUAUAAAAGAAUCAGAUGAUUACACUUAGGGUAUUAGCAUGUUAAGCCCUAAAGUUACAUAAUGUGUUUAUUAUUUGGUUUGGCAGUACAGUCCCCCAGUGUUCUCCCUUUCAUGCAGAUCUUUGGCUCAUCUUCUGCUAUUCAUGGAACCUCCAUCUGUCAUCUUCUGCUGUGCUUCCAAGAUAUUCUUUUAUGACUUUAAUGAAACACUUGAGUUAAUGUGCCUUAUGAAAUGUAUGUGAUGGUAUAGUGUAUUGGUUUGUGCGGGUAUUUUGAUUGUGUAAUAAUAACAUUUAUGAAGUAAAUAUGCAAGCAAUUUCUGUACUUAGCAAUACCUUUACUGCUGCUAUAUUCAGCUCUGUUCCUCUAAUUACUCACAUUUUGUUUACUGUUUGUCAGCUGUGGGGGAGUGUUUUUCUGUCUGCAUCUCUGCCGGACUACAGUUUUUGGCCAUUCUUUUUACUUUUCACUCCUUGUUCUCUCUUUUUGUAUCACUACUCUGUCCUCAGAGAUACUGCAGGUGCCUUUAUAUUAUGAGAGAGUACCUACACAUGACACUCAUCUUUCCCAGCAAUACUUACAGUACAGAAGAGACAGGAGGAUGAUGGGAAGUUUGCAACUGUCAGCUGUAAGAAUGGCACAUGAAUAAGCUGCAUCAUUACAACACAUGUUGCCAGCCAGUUCUUCAUGUUUUUAAUGCUCACCCGUCUCCUUUGGCCGCUGAGCAGAUCACAACUCUGUUGAGCUUGUUGCGUUGGAAAUGUUCUCAUUUUCGGAAUGCCACUGCUAACUAUUCCACGGUGCUUUACCUACCAAGACAGUUAUUUCAGAUUUCUCACCUGAUGUUAUGAUACAGUACUUACCAUUAAUGUGUUGAUGGAUAAGGUUAGCAGGAUCCAACAGAUACAUGGAGGGCUGGCAGUGGAUGUUUACUUGUGUAUGAGCCGUCUCCCACUUCCCCAAAGACUUACUUAUGACAUUGUUAACAUAAUGUAGUUGAACUGACUAUAGUCCCAUUGACCAACUAUGGGGUUUCAAUAGUCCUUCUGACUCAAGAUACUGACCUAUUAUGACCAAACUGAAAUACUAAGUUACCCUCUAAUUAUUAUGGUCAAAUUUCCAUAAUAAUCAGAAUGACUGACAAAACCUGUGGUACAACUACUAUAACAAAGUAUGCUAAUUUACUGUGUUCCAAGAGAUAUUUGUGUUUACAUGUAUUUGGAUAAUCUUUUCUAGCACUUUUCUGUAAGCUUUUUAUGUUGCACAUUUAACAGAACAUAGAAGGUCUAGUCCAGUGGCCUUUUGAACAUGAAGAAACCAGCAGGUUGGAACACGGAUUAAGCAUUCAGCCCUUUCCUACACCAGCCCAUCCUGAGAAUCUCCCUCCUGCAUCAGAUCCACAAAAAGAGACUCACAUUUCAGCCAGCGUUUUACAUCUGUCUGCCAUGUCCAGGUGCUGUUAACUCAGUUGAGGUCUGUAAAUACUAUGUAAAGCAAAAAAAAAAGUGACAAAUGCGCCAAGGACUCCUAUGAAGACCACAUUCCUCCUCAGACAUGUUGUGAUACAUUUACAUACUGUAAUUGAUGGCUGUACCUGUGUUUUGUAAAAGAGUGUUAAGUUGUACAAGAAUAACAAUGUAAUUGCUUAUUAAAUGUUAGCAACUUCUAA